GGUACGAAGAACACUUCUCUUUCUUGAGAGCUCUUCACUUGUUUUCGAGGGGACAGACAAAAAAGGGAGAACAGAUGAGUUCGAGAGUUUUCAUUUUGCUGGGUGUUUUGGUCGCUUGUGUUCUUCUCAUCUCCUCGGAGGUGUCUGCAAGAGAAUUGGCUGGGACUACGUCCAAGGAAGAACAUGGUGAGCUCUCCACAGAGACGAAUGAUGUAAAUGAUGCGAAGUACGGCGGGUACGGAGGAGGAUACCCGGGCGGCGGCGGUGGAGGAUACCAUGGCGGCGGCGGCGGCGGAGGAUACCAUGGCGGCGGCGGCGGUGGAGGAUACCAUGGCGGCGGUGGUGGAGGAGGUCACUGCCGCUACGGUUGCUGUGGUGGCAGAGGAGGAUACUACGGCGGAGGUUGCAGAUGCUGCACUUACGCCGGCGAGGCUGCUGAGACCAAGCCAGGAGAGAAACCUCAGAACUAGAAGAGCAACAACAAGGCCGGGCAUCGCAUGUGCAAU